CGAAGUUGAAAGGGUAGAGGUCGGUCAUACGCUCUUUCCUCCGUCACACCUCUUCCUGCUUUCAAAUUUUCUUCUUCCUGUCUCUCUCUCUCUUCCCCCAUUACCAUAAACUUCACGCACACACCGCUCUCUCUCUUUCACAAAAAUUUCCCGUAGAAAAACACGGCAAACCCACAUACCCAAUUCAAUUCCAUAAACCAAAACCGAAGCCAAAGUCAAGUCAUCAAAUCACAAAUCAAAUACCCAAGAAGAAGAAGAAGAAGAAGGGUGAGUGAGAAAGCAAAGGCUUUUUUCUUUUUCAUAUUUUGUAUGUAAUGCAUCAGAAGAAAUCCGAAGUUCAGAUCGGAAAAGAAAGCAGCGGCGUCUCUUCCGAUUUCAACCCAACCCCACCUCUCCUCUUCCCUCCCCCCUCCUCCAUCCACCACAAGCAAUCCUACAAUUCCCACCUUUCCCCUAAUCCCGAACUAUCUUUUCAUCCCUACCCUCCUCCUCCUCCCCACCACCAACUACAACACAAUGACCCAAUAGACCCUCCAUCUCCUUCUUCUUCCUCUUCUCCAACCCCGUACAAGAGGACCCUUUUGACGCAAACCCACUCCUCUCUCACCAAAUCUCCCACCCUCUACCAAUUCCAUUCUCACCCACCACAAUUCGCUCCCCAGAACGCCUCCUUUUUCUCUGUAUCGGUGGCUGUCAAGGCGUUUAUAUAUCGGGGGCUACGGAAGGCCAAGCACUUUCGGAGAUUUCAGGUCCAUAUCCGGCUCGUCCUCUUGCUCUCGAUCCCGUUCUUCUACUUCCUGGUGUCCAACCCGAGCCGCUCCUUCCUUUUGGACUUCCUCUCUGCCUUUGCGUUCUCCGCCGCGCUCUUGUUCUCCCUCAACCUUGCGCUCCCUCGCCUCCCUUCAAUACGCCUCUUCCUUGCCCGCUCUUUCCCGAUCAAGCUCUGCAAAGGCUCGCCAAUAUCUCGGUCCCCUCUACCGGUGUUUUGGUCAAUUGGGUCUCGGCCAAAACCUGAGAAGAGAGUGAAUUCGGGGUGUUGGGUACAGAUUUACAGCAACGGGGACGUGUACGAGGGCGAGUUUCACAAGGGAAAGUGUUCGGGAAGUGGGGUGUACUACUAUUACAUGAGUGGGAGGUACGAGGGAGAUUGGGUGGAUGGGAAGUAUGAUGGGUAUGGGGUAGAGACGUGGGCCAGGGGGAGCCGGUAUCGGGGGCACUAUCGGCAGGGGCUCCGGCACGGUUUCGGGGUGUACCGGUUUUAUACAGGGGAUGUUUAUGCCGGAGAAUGGGCCAAUGGGCAGAGCCAUGGGUGUGGAGUGCAUACUUGUGAGGAUGGGAGUCGGUAUGUUGGGGAGUUCAAGUGGGGCGUCAAGCAUGGCCUUGGCCACUACCAUUUCAGAAAUGGGGACACGUAUGCUGGGGAAUAUUUUGCGGACAAGAUGCAUGGGUUUGGAGUCUAUUCUUUUGCAAAUGGGCAUCGAUAUGAGGGAGCCUGGCAUGAGGGUAGAAGGCAAGGCCUUGGAAUGUACACCUUUAGAAAUGGGGAAACACAAUCUGGUCACUGGCAAAAUGGAAUUCUUGACAUACCAAGCACACAGAACACCAGCUAUCCAGUAUCUCCUGUUGCUGUUUAUCAUUCCAAAGUACUUAAUGCUGUGCAGGAAGCUCGGCGAGCAGCAGAGAGAGCCUAUGAUGUGGCCAAGGUGGAUGAACGGGUCAACAGGGCAGUAGCGGCAGCCAAUAGGGCAGCCAAUGCGGCUAGAGUAGCGGCAGUUAAGGCCGUUCAAAAACAAAUACACCAUAAUAGCAACAACAACAUUCCAAUUCCAAUUGUGUGAGACUUUCAACUGUAGCUCGAGCUAUUUUAACGCAUGAGAUGGCGGCAGCAUCGGGACAAUUGCUUAUGUCACCAAUGUAGUUUUGUGUUUUAUGUUGUAAUCUUCUCUUUGGCGUCUUGCUUGGGGAGGAUUCAAUUUGCUGUGCCUCUUUGGAACGUGAGUGGUAGAGAAGAAAAUGGCAAAGAAGGGUGGAAUGAUCAUCUAUACUGCUUGAAGAUUGUGUAUACAUAGAGAUGAGACACAGAGAAAGAGAGAGAGAAAAAAGAAAAAGAAAAAAAAAAAAGAGGGUGGAUGAUGAUGGCAUCCAUUUGUUCAACUAUUCUUUUAGUUUUCCAUCUCAGUACAGUUUUGUAAAGAUGAGGUAGAUGUAAUAUAAAGUGCUGGUGCCGAGGUUAAACCUCAACCCAGCCACUGUUGUAUGCGAAGUUGUUGGCUUUUUAUGGA